AUGUACGCCCGGCGGAAAAGGAAGAAGCCCGUGCCCAAGAGGCCCCAAACACCACCCUUUGAAGGUAUGAAGUCCAGUCCCUCCAAACGGCAUCGAGAGCGGCUCAACCAGGAGCUGGCCAGGCUGACGAGCCUGUUGCCCUUCCCCGAAGAUGUGUGCCUGAGGCUCGAUAAGCUCUCCAUCCUUCGGCUGGCCGUGGGGUACCUGAAGCUGAAGAGCUACUUCAUGGCUGCGGGGAUGGAUGUUGGCAGCCACAGGCUGGAUCAGCCCAAGGCAGCAGGAGAGAACGGACAGACAUGUCUGCAAGCCAACAGGGUGGCCUUUGGCGAAGGGGACCUUCUGCUCCAGGCUCUCAAUGGAUUUGUCCUCGCUGUGACCGACGAUGGCAACAUCUUCUAUGUCUCCCCUACAGUGCAGGACUUCCUGGGGUUUCAUCAGUCAGACCUCAUCUACCAGAGUGUUUACGAACUGAUCCACGCAGAUGACAGAGCCACCUUCCGCUGCCAUCUCCACGGGGCCUUGAACCCUCUUGCAGCCAGCAGGGCCAAGGGCACUGCUGACGUCCUGCCUACAAGCCAGACUUUGCCAGCUGGAUACAGUGCCCCAUACAGCCCCCAGCACCUGCCCCUUGAGAACAUCUCCUUCACGGAGAGGAGGUUCAUCUGCCGUCUCCGCUGCUUGCUGGAUAACUCCUCAGGAUUUCUGGCCUUACAUUUCCGCGGACGGUUGAAAUUGCUUGAUGGGCUGCAGAAGAGGGCAUCCAGCAGGUCCCCGGUGCCUCCCCAGCUGGCUCUCUUUGCCAUCGCAACUCCUCUCCAGCCACUCUCAAUCCUGCAGUUUCCGGCCAAAAUGUUCCUCUUCGAGACAAAACACAAGCUGGACUUUACUACAACUGCCUGUGAUUCCAGGGGGCAGAUGGUGCUGGGAUAUACGGAAGCGGAGCUGCGUACGUGGGCAGUCGGUUACCAGCUUGUGCACGUGGCCGACAUGAUGUACUGCGCGGAGAAACACAUGAGACUAAUGAGGACGGGGGAGAGCGGCUCGACAGUCUUCAGGCUGCUGACCAAGGAGGCUGGCUGGGUCUGGAUCCAGGCCAAUGCCAGGCUGGUGUACAAAGGAGGCCAGCCUGACUGCAUCGUCUCCAGACAGCGGGUCAUCUCAAAUGAAGAAGGAGAAGAAUAUCUGCGGAAGAGAAACCUGCACCUGCCUUUCAGUUUUGUCACAGGGGAAGCAGUCUUAUAUAGGAGUGACUUUCCUGACUUCCUGGAUUCCUUCCAGCCUAAGGAGGAUUUUCAGACAAAUAACAGCUCCUGCAUGGAGCAGUGCUCAGUAGAUCCCAAUUCUCUUCUUGGGGCCAUGAAGAAGCAGGAUGCAUCUGUGUGUGUCUCUCAUGCUGAUAAUGGGCCGCAGCUCCCCGUGACAGCUCUCAUCUGUGAACCUGAUGGGCCAGGCCCAGACGAGACAGCCAGUGACACCAAGGAGGAUAGCAACUCCCUCCUGGUCAUCAUUGAAACCCUCUUUGAGAAAAGUGAGAUGGACAAGGACAUCUGCCAGACCCUCCAGAACCUCAGUGUGGACAACACGGAGCUGCAGCAGUGGGAGGAGAUUCUGUUCGACUUGGGUGCAGAGGAGCUGACAUCUCAGGGCAAUGUUGAGAGGCUGGACAGUGAGGUGAACGCCUGCCUGGAGCAAAUCCCUUUCAGGAAGGACACUGGGGAGAGCACGGACUUCCCGCUCUGCAGUGCAAUGGGGACAUCCUGCGGCGGGGAAGGAAGUCCUGCAGCUCUCUGGGCAAUUCACCCAGCAGCUCCUGCACCACUGGGGUUUCAAACACCACUGCCCUGUCAGGCACCUGAUGCACAAGACCCAGAUGCUGUGGUCUCUCUUGUCGCCACUAUGCCCGAGGGCAGCUCUGCUCCAUCCAAACAGCAAGUCCCAUUUAACCCAGAUGGGCUCAUGAGAGGAACCACCACUGGUGCUUUAGGUUCCCUCAGCAAGCCCUGUGUGACAGGUCAGCUGGCAAACCCGGGGCAGUUGUUUCAAGGAGAAGUCAUCAGUCCCCUUCCUGCAGACAGCAUUGUGCCUAAAAACCAGAGCCAGCUGAUGGACUCAGGAUGUCCUUUUCCACUGGACUCAAAUGCACUAGUGACUCAGUGGCCCAAUACUCCUGUCCUGGCAAACCCAGAAGACUCUCCGGGGCAGAGCAUUGCCCCAGAACACUGCCUGUCAGAUGCUUGGGUGACUGUGGCUCCAGAAAAGCUGGGAGUAGCAGCAGUGCAGGUGGAGUCACAGCAAAAUGCUCUGUCUGGGAGCCAGCAGAGCGAGUUUGGCUCCCCGGAGCCAGAGCUGUGGUUGUCACCCUUGCAACCUCCUCCUUGGCCUGAGCAGGGCUUGUGCAAGUCGUGCAGCGUCCAGCUCUCUGCAAUUGAGGAGCUCCAUAUUGCAGCAGCAGCUCUCCCUGUGCGAGAUCCAAAGCCUUUAGAAGCUGGUCUGCUGCCAGGAAAUGGGAACUUCCCCAAAGAGCCUCCGUCUCCCUUCGACGUAUCCAGCUUUUACUGGGAAGGGGACCAGGUGAUGCUCCAAGAGGAUAAGUGGUUGACACAGCACCAGCCACAGCUCCUGCAGGCUGGGACAUGUCCCCAGGGAUGCAGCGAGCUAACGGCGAUGCAACACGACAGCCUCCUGCUGGAUGAUGGCAUGGACCCACACACCCAGCACACGGACCAUGCGGUCUGGCCUCCGUGGGAGUACGGCAACAGCAAGGGCUUCUUUAAACAUCAAAAUGCCUUUAUUAAGGAUGUCCUUCCCCAGCAUCCAAGGACUUUGUCCUGCCACAGUGAGAGCCACCCUGGAGCAUCAUUUUACUCAUCAGGACCCACACUGGGUUGCUCAACAACUCUCCCUGUGGAGGUAGGUGCAAAAGCACCCUCUCCUGAGCUGGACUCUUGCUGUCCAUCCGUGUUCUUCACAGACAGACAGGCAGGUGGGCAGCCAAUCUGUGCUUGA